AUGGGAAACGCCCCUCGUGUAGGCUUACGCACAACUGCACCCGUUGUCCUUCAACAUAGUCCUAGUGGAACACGGUACCUGGCACCGGGCUUCACCCCACAAGGCUCCUGGUUUGGGCAACGCUGCAGUGGACGGCAGCGCACACCGGGGUCGCGGGUGGCCUCGGCACAGUGCUCGCGGCGUCGACGCUAUCGCUUCGCAGCAGCAGCAGCAGAGCACGCGAGGCUUCCUGCAGAGCAGCGGGUUGCGCUUCGCCUCCAGUUGGGAAGUUUCUCAGACACAGGGACGUUGAAACACCCGGUACAGUCUUUGGGUCCACCAGUUGCUAUGCAGAACCAUAGCGCAGCGUCGCGACUACUGGACGGGAAAGCGAUAGCGAACCAGGUAAAGAACGAAAUAGGAGGCAGGGUACGGGAACUGAGCAACCAAUACGGUAGGGUUCCCGGCCUUGCCGUUAUUAUUGUUGGUUCAAGAACGGACUCUCAGACCUACGUGCGGAACAAACGAAAAGCCUGUGAGGAGGUUGGGAUUCACUCGCUGUUAUUUGCGCUGGAGGAGAGCGUCUCAGAAGAGGAGCUCACUUCCUUGGUUCGUCGGCUGAACGCGGAUGACAGUAUAGACGGCAUUCUAAUUCAGCUGCCGUUACCAGAGCAUAUCAAAAGUGAGCGUGUUCUGCAAGAGAUAUCUCUGGAGAAGGAUGUGGAUGGCUUCCAUCCGUUGAACAUCGGGCGUCUGUGUUUGAAGAGUCCGCUGUAUCCACCGCUGGCGAUCGCGUGCACGCCGCGCGGCUGCCUGGAACUACUCGACCGGGCCAGUGUGAAGAUAGAGGGCAAGCAUGCCGUUGUGCUCGGCCGAAGCAAUGUCGUCGGUUUACCGAUGGCGCUCCUGUUGCUGCAGCGGAAUGCCACGGUUACCGUCUGUCACAGCCGGACGGCGGACAUUGCAGAGCAGGUCGGACGGGCGGAUAUCGUCGUGGCAGCGAUUGGCCGCGCGAACUUUGUCAAGGGUAGCUGGAUUAAGCCCGGGGCGGUUGUCAUUGACGUGGGUAUCAAUUCAGUACCAGAUGAGUCUGCGCCCCGCGGCUAUCGUCUCGUCGGAGACGUCGAGUUCGAUACCGCGAAAGAGCGCGCUGCCCUGAUCACACCGGUACCUGGCGGUGUCGGACCGAUGACGAUUGCGAUGCUGCUCUUGAACACGUUGCAGGCUUUUGAGCGGCGCUUCAAAUCGUGA